GCGGGCGGGCAGCUGUCAGCAUUCGCCGAGGGGAGUGCGGGCGGAGGCCGGGCGUCAGGCCCGCCGCGCCCGGGAGGCGGCUGGUUAGCUGGGCGGCCGAUCCGGCGGCGGCGGCGGCUGGGCCAUGGGCAGCGGCCCCGGCUCUACACUACAGGGACAGAGCGGCGCAGGCUGUGCGGAUUGGGGAGUGGGCUGAGGGCUGCGAUAUGUGGGGGGAGGCCGGCUUGGCCGGGCCUGCAGCAGCGGCCAGCAGGAGUGAGGAGAUCGGGGAGCUGAUCGAGCAUUUCUCCAGGCACCAGUACCGGGCGAAGGAGAGCAACACCAAGGUUGAAAAGAUUGAGAAUCGCUGCUUGGAAUUGUUCAGGAGGGACUAUGUGUUCAGUGUGAUCCAUAAUCCAAAUGGAGAGCUUUGUGGCCAUUACCCCCGUCAAAUCGUCUUCAUGGAGUAUACAAGCACAGAUGGUGGCAAGGACAGGUUUGAGAGUACAGUUCAGACCAGUAAAUUGCAGGACUUUGUGAGUCGUAGCAAGAUGGCAAGAUGUCGUAGUCGUUUUGUGUGCCCAGUCAUUUUAUACCAAGGAAAGCACAUAUGCAGGUCAGCAACACUGGCGGGAUGGGGAGAACUAUAUGGACGCAGUGGAUAUAACUACUUAUUCUCAGGAGGAUUUGAAGAUACAGGAGCAGAAUCAGAUGAACUGCCUGAUGACAAUGCAGUACGAAAUGGUGAUUCCCAGUUAUUCGAUAAGGUUCGAGGUCAUGACAUAAAGUUACUGCGCUAUCUUUCCAUUCGUUACAUCUGUGACCUGAUGGUGGAGAAGAAGAAAGUGAAGUUUGGGUUGAAUGUGACCUCAUCCGAGAAGGUGGACAAAGCACAGCGGUAUGCAGAUUUCACCUUAUUGUCUAUACCUUACCCAGGUUGUGAAUUUUUUAAGGAUUACAAGGAUCGCGAUUACACAGCUGAAGGGCUGGUGUUCAAUUGGAACCAGGAUUUUGUUGAUGCACCAUUGAAUAUCCCUCCAUCCUUGACCGAGAAUCUACACAUUGACUGGAGGGAUUAUCAGUCUUGGGACCUCGUUCAACAGACACAAAAUUACCUGAAGCUGCUCAUCCAUAUAAUAAAUCGGGAUGAAGACAGCGGUUUGUUAGUGCACUGUAUUUCUGGCUGGGAUCGAACGCCACUCUUUAUUUCUCUCCUUCGUCUCUCUCUAUGGGCUGACGGACUUGUUCACGUUUGUCUAGCGCCCGUGGAAAUCCUGUAUCUGACCAUUGCUUAUGAUUGGUUCCUUUUUGGACACAUGCUAUCUGACAGGCUCAGCAAAGGGGAGGAGAUUUUUUUCUUUUGCUUCAAUUUUUUGAAGCACAUCACCUCAGAAGAGUUCUCUGCGGCAAAGAAGCUGAGAAGGAAGAACGCGCACAAAGAAGCUGAGUUACCUGUGGAUGAUCUCUGUAUAUUAGCACAUACAGACCGAGGAAGUACCACCAGUUUGAGCAGUGAUUUCUCUGUCAUCAUGGAGGAGUCCCCCACUACCGCAGGAAGCUUCAACUAUGAGGCGGUAGAAAUGACAACAGGCCCACCGACGCAGGUUGCUUGGAGAAGAGGUAGGACAUCAUCACCACAGACUAUUGUGUGGAACAAACCGCACUUGCUUAACCAGGCAGAAGAACGGGGGUUGUUGCAACCUGGUGUAUCCGAACCGAGGCCAUCACACUGCCAAUCAGAAAAUAACAUGCUGAGAACUGGUAGUAGUCCCUUGGCUGUCCCUGAAAGGAGCUCCACAGAGUAUUCCCUUUCUUCAUCCUCUUCCACGGAAUAUGGCAGCUGGCAGAUCGUGUCUGGCUGUGGCAGUAUUCAUGACCCGGCUAUAGUUACCAAUGACUCACCCCUCCCCUUCAACGGUCAAGAUGAUGGAGCCAAUGGGAGACUACGUCCUCCCAUUCCAGAGCGAAGGGCCAAGCUGGAGGAAGUCAGAGCCAUAUUCUUGUCUGCGUACAGUGCAACAGUGGGCCUCAGAUCCAUAUCUACCAGCCCCUCGGCCAUUGGGGGACUUCUCGAACAGUUUGCCCGUGGAGUCGGACUCAGAGGCACAAACAACAUUGUCUGACACAGCCUGGCACGGUGUUUUUUUUUUAAUCCAUGGAUCACUGUGCAGAUAUUAACUGAAAUGCCAAAGACGGACGUGCAUUUGUUGUUCAGAGAUUUUCCUCUUUUGAUCUUAGGUUGUAUUUACUGGUUAGAAAACUUUUUUUUCUUCUACUGAACCAUAUUCCUGAAAGCUUGAGAUAAACAGUUCCAUUCUUCCCCAUCUUCUGCGCAUUCAUGUAUUGAAGUGAGCAAGCCAGACAAAGGUCAGGAUGAUAGAGAUGGGACGGUUCAUCCAUGAAGUACAGUUGUUCUCUGUUUAUAUUGGAGAACCUCAGAAAUAUGUUGUCUGGAAUAACUAUCGCAAGCUGGAACAUCCUACAUUAAGAGUAUGACUGUCAGUCACAGGUAAUGGUGAAUCUGGCCAGUGAUAUUUUUAAGCAGCUUUUGAAGUUUUUAAAGUUACUUCUCAAGCUAGCCAGGUAAGCUUAAAAUGAGUGUGUUGAUUAUUUAACAACACUUGAACUUGUUUACGCAAUUAAUUAAAAAAGAUUGUGCACCCUCUCUUAUUCCUCACGGUUUAUAGGUUGUACCUGAGAAAAGUCAUUACGGUGUUCCCAUUUUCAUGAAGUGGAAGACUCCAUUAACUAUUAAUACAGCAAAUCUAAUCUUAAGGUAGAAAUGCAAAAUGACACCCUUGAAAAGACCUGUUAAGUUAGCUUCAGUGGUACCUUGGUUAAAGUAACACAAGCAAGCUACCUAAUGUGUCAGCCGCCACAACUGUUCCUGUCAUUUUUGGCAAGUUACCUGCAGUGGUGACACAGAUUCGGUAAGAUUCUACUCAGUUCCAAAACAUUGCCCAUCAGAUGAAUGAAUUGGUUUGAAAAUGACUUUUCAACAUAAACAUACUGUCGCAGAUAGUGGGUUUUCAUUAGCAGAUUUAAUUCAGCACUGUUCUAAGAUUGUUUCUAUUUUUAAAAUUACAUAUUAAUCUGCGUAAAAACUUGAAUAUUUUUGUAAUACUUUUUAAAAGAAAAUCUAGCCAAAUUUACUUUAAGUACAUAUUCAGCCCUAUUAAUGUGAUCCAUAAGCUCUUGAAGAAUAGAACUGACCUCUGGAUUCUGUUGUAUAGUUGAAACUUGACAGGACUUUUUAAAGUUGCCUUAAAACAAAAUGGAGAUCUGUAACCAAGGAUUGAAUGAGAGGAGAAACUGUGUGCGGCACCUUUUGAGUUAGUGAAAUGGAACAAUUAAAACAUUUCUGGCAGAAUUCAUAGUGGGAGAAAGCUAAAAAUUACCCUUCAUAAAUAACAGUCAAGUGUUGGAUUGUGAAAUCAAAAUUGAACUCUUGUAUGCAAAUUUGUAUUUUUUAAAAAUCAUAAAAUGUCACUGGUACCCAAACUUGCAUUUAAGGAAUCGAAAACAUUUGUUUUUAGGAAAGCUCAUUAAAAUUGUUCUCAUCGGGGAACCAUUUUCCUCCUGCUGUAACGGAAGAGAUCAACACUAUCUGCAUCAUAUUAACCCAUAACGGUUGAUUCCACGAGUAUCCUCUCUCUACAGGCAUUGAAAUAUAUAACAUAAACCAUCACUGCAUGGCCACCUUAAAAUAUCACAGCUGGGAUCCAGAUCUUGCCACUUCCACCAUUUUAUCCUUGGAUGUCAAGGAUGGGCAAGAUCUGUAUGGAUAGUCGGCAUUCAACCUCUUUAUUGUCCGAAGAUUUUUGAGAAUCCAGCAGCAGUUGUUACACCCGAUUUCUUCACCUAGAAUGCCAAACAUAUAUCUCCAAAUAUUUGUUUAUCUGAAUCAAAUGCACAUUUCUUUUAAAUUUGUUUUCCAUUAAUUUUCUGUCGUACUUGAUUGACAUCAUGUGAAUGAAUAUCAAGGUACUCCCACACUUUUUCCUGACAUUUCAACCCCUCUUCAUUCCCAUUACUGUUGUUAGAGUAGCUUUUAAAACUAUAAGUUUCCAUUUGUUGUACAAAAUGCAUUAACAUCCAUUAAGAAUUUAAAAUCAUCUAAUGUUUUGAAUAUAAUUUUUUUAUAUUCCAGUCAAAUCUCUGCCGUUAACUGUUAAUCUGCUGACAAACAUGGUGUGCACUUUGAGCAUUUUGUUAUUUCAGAUCUCCUUUAUUUACAUUUUUGAACUGUCUGCUGCAGUUCAUUUAUAUAUAUCCCUUCCCUCUCCUUCCUUACUCAGAAUAAAAUUUAAAAUGGUGCUUAAUCUGGAAUAAAAACGGUAUUGCCACAUUUUUUUUUAAAUAGUUCAUUUAUUUUUAGAAAAGGAAUCAUGAUUGGUGAACAGUAGAUUAAACUGAUGUUUAAUAAUUUAGAUAAUGAGAAUUGGUUUUAAUCUCCUGUUUAGUAUGUGCUUCGCAUAUUUGGAUUGUUUGUUAUGUUGAUAUGGACAGCGAUUGCCUAAUAAAAUGUUCUUGUAUGUGAAUUAAAGAUCUUUAAAACUU